AGCUUUACGCUCCUCACUCUGAGCGCUUAUAUGCACAAGGACGUUGAAGCUUUUGGCCUCUUUAAAGGGCAGACAGACACAAAUGAACACAUAUUUAUGUUUAUCUUUUAUACCCGGAGCUAAAACAUAUUCUCUGGCAGCGGAUCUGUUUGUGCUUUUGCCGUUUACGUACUUGUCGCUAACGUAGCUAAUGCUAACCGGCUAGCAGCUGUCCUGUCAGAGAGCAGAGUUGGUCCAUGUGGUUGAAGUUUAACGAAAUAAUGAGACGCAGCCAAGUAUAGGAAAGGACAGUGUGUUGUCAUUUACAGCAAAAUGAGAGCUUUUCUUUGUCUUAAAACCCAGCAGCUGGUCAUCAGAGUCCUCAGUCCAUCAGCAGCAGUGCGAUGGGGAGCAGCUCAGUCCAGAUUCCUCUGCAGCUCUUCACCAGAGGAGAGCAAGUCCCGACCCUCCAUGCUGCGACACCUGACCACCAAAUUAAAAGCAACCGGACCGAUUACGGUGGCUGAGUACAUGAGGGAGGUGCUCACCAACCCUGUGACGGGUUAUUAUGUGAGGAACAACAUGCUGGGGCCUGACGGAGAUUUUAUCACAUCACCAGAAAUCAGCCAGAUUUUCGGAGAGCUGCUCGGCGUUUGGAUCAUCAGUGAGUGGAUGGGAGCAGGUCGACCCAAACAGCUGCAGCUGGUCGAACUCGGACCUGGGAAAGGAUCACUGGCCGGUGACGUCCUCAGAGUGUUGAGUCAGCUGCGUUCGGUGCUGGGCGAGGCCUCGGUGUCGCUCCACCUGGUCGAGGUGAGUCCGGCUCUGAGUCUCCUUCAGGCCCAGAAUCUCACGAGAAGCUGCAGCCAGGAGGCCGACAGCGAGGAUGAGCCGGUUUACCGUCGUGGAGAAACUGCAGCCGGGCUGCCGGUGUCCUGGUACCGACGCUUAGACGACGUCCCAGCAGGAUUCAGCAUCUUUGUUGCUCAUGAGUUCUUUGAUGCUCUUCCGAUCCACAAAUUCCAGAGGACACAAAAAGGCUGGAGGGAGGUGAUGGUGGACAUCGACCCUGAUAAACCGGACAAGCUGAGGUUUGUCGUGGCGCCGUCUCCGACUCUGGCUUCAUCCACACUAGUACAGGCAGAUGAAAGGCGGGAUCAUGUGGAGGUGUGUGCAGAGGGAGGAGUCAUCGUCCAGCAGCUCUCCAAGCGGAUCACAGAGGAAGGAGGUGCAGCGCUGAUCGCAGACUACGGACACGAUGGAACCAAGACGGACACGUUCAGAGGUUUCAAAGGCCACCAGCUCCAUGACGUCCUGUCCUCUCCCGGCUCGGCUGAUCUCACUGCUGACGUGGACUUCAGCUACCUGCGGAGGAUGGCAGGAGGGGGCGUGGCCUGUCUGGGACCUGUCAGUCAGAGGACCUUCCUGAAGAACAUGGGCAUCGACACCCGGAUGCAGGUUCUGCUGAGGAGCUGCGUUGAUCCGACCACCAGGAAGCAGCUGAUCAGCAGCUACGACAUGCUCACCAACCCCAUUAAGAUGGGCGAACGCUUCCACUUCUUCAGCCUGCUGCACCACAGCCGCCUCGCCAAACCCAAGAAAACAGAGGGGCUGAAGCUGGAUAAGAAGAAGAGCCCGGCACCGCUGCCUGUGGCCGGAUUCACCGAGCUCAGCAUCUCCUGAACCAGACGACUGUAAAUCUGCAGGAAGCUUCAUCAGCAGGUCGGAACAGACUGGAAGCAACUGGAAACUUGGACGUUAGGGAGUGACUGAGACUGAUCAUGCUCAUGGAUCGAUGGGAAGGAAAUACGUUGCAUUCUACUGGCUUUUACACCAAACAUUAUGUGGACUAAAAGUACAAUUCAAAGUCAGCUGUCGCCAUAAAAACUGCAAGAAAAUAAAAGUUGUUUACAUUUUAUUGUUGAACGGUGAUAAACACA